AAGUCACUGUCAGGGUGUAGUCGUGUUGUCGGGAGUGUCACUGUAGUGUUGUCGUAGUGUAACUUGUUCUACCCCUUCAUCUAGUACGCAGAAGCCUUGUGUCACAGGCACUACAUCAAACAGAACUUCUAGAGGAAAAUGACGGCAUGCUCAACAUCAUCGUCGUCCGCAGUUGCUUCCCCAACAUCCUCGUCUAAAAACAUGACGAUGACCACCGAGACCGGUGAAAGUGCGGCACCAUCAAAGGACACAACUGCUGAGUUACGCAAACUCCAAGAGCGAGCGCGCGGACGACAGAGCUUCGUGUAUCGCGAUCGGAAGGUCUACUCUUGGGAUCAAUCGAUGGAGGAAGUGAAUAUAUACGUGGACCCGCCACCAGGAGUGAGCAAGCACGAAUUGGACAUCCAAAUAAAGCCAAGUCAUGUGCGGAUGGGCUUGAAGGGGAAUCCGCCGUUCAUAGACGAAGACUUGUUCUCUUUUUAAGGCCAAAAAUCCAUCCUUCUUUGUUUUUCUCCUUCUUUUUGUUGCUCUGCUUCAACAACAUCUACUUUUUACUAUAAGAAAGGCUUUCUUACAGUGAAAGAUGAGGAACUUUCACUUCCUCCACUUCUUCUAAGUCCUUUUACUGACGUCAUACAUCGUCGUCGCUAGUUUUUCUUCUUCACCUUCGGAGAAAUUCUAAUCCCAAUGCGAUACGAGUUGCAGCUUUUGGAUGAUUGAGGAUGGCGAACUGCACAUCCAGCUGGGGAAAGUUCGGAAGGCGGAGACAUGGGGAGCUGUCUUUAGAGCGCACGGCCGUUUGGAUGCUUACACGGAACAUUAUGAGCACUUGAUGUGGAGUUGAUAACAUUAACUGAGUGUUUCCUCUGAUCUCUCCUAAAGCACUCCCCGCAGUGCCCUUUUCCAAUACUGUUGAAUAGAUACCACAAGCCUCGGUGUUCGUCGCUGACUUUACUCAGGUCGCGUAUACAUCCUCGGAGUCAAGCCAGGUGCCGGGGGGCUUUGAUGUGCAGGAUUCACAACCUAACCUAACCAGGAAAAACGAGCUUGGCGGUCUUGUGCCCAGUGUGUGACAACAACUAAAGUCUUGCGAGGAACGCUCCUUCUUCAUCUUGAUAUCCGUUUUCUCAUACUUUUACCCACAUUCUUCAUCUUGAUAUCCGUUUUCUCAUAGUUUUACCCACAUUCGUCAUCUUGAUAUCCGUCUUCUCAUAGUUUUACCCACAUCCAUAACUACUCUAAGCAAAAGAGGUGCAAAAGAAGCUGAUGUUAGAACGGUUUGGCGAAGAGCAUCCAGGUUUUGACUUCUCAGGUGCGGAAUUUAGCGGUCAAGCACCAGACCCACGUGCGUUUAUGGGAGGAGUCAAGUACAGCUGAGGAAUCCACGUGCGUUACAUAAUGACUUUUUUCUCAAGAAGAGAGAGAGUUUCUUGAAUUCUAAGGCCAAUGAAAUUGAUGAGGACAGAACGACGGUUAAUAUUAGUCCCACCACUACAAAGAAAUGGGGCACGCGAACACGACUUUCACUACCCACUGAUGUCAGGCGGAAAUGAAAGUGAACAGAGCCAGGGCAUGCUCCGGGUAGCCUGAUUUCUCAUCCGACAAAGAACAUGGAUGUUGGCCAAGCCACUUUCUCUUUCGUCCAGAGAUGGUUGAUAUUCCAUGUGUAACUUUCUCACUAGUGCUGCGUAAACUCCCAACUAUACCUCCUUUCCCUCACCUUUCGUCCGUCACCCACAAUCGCGCAGCCUUUCUCUGUCAAGAGGUACAAGAGAUUCUUAGUGUUUUUGAAAGAACAGAAAAAGUGUUCUACUAAGUACUUAACUUAAAUCGAG